GUCACGAUUGCGCCACCGCGGGGUUAAGAUGGUCCUUUUUUCCUCCUUUCAUACUUCCAUUUAGCCCGAGUGAACCCUUUGCUCGGCAAGGGUUUUGCAGAUCUCCGCUGUUCUUCCUAGGAUUGGCGUCUAGGCGCCACGAAUCGGCGCGAGAUGGAAGAUCGUCGAGUUCUACCGACAGUGUCACAAAAGCUGAUUGGCGGCCCCUCGCCAUUCGGCUAUGGCAGGACUGCCGAUAGGAUCUAUGGAUCUUACGCCACGUCCUCGUAUCUGGGAGCCGCCAGGUCGAGGUACGUCUCGGAGCUCACGGGGGGCCUGAGGGGAUUCUCGGCGGCGGGGGCGGCGACGAACAUCGCUGCUCCAUCGCCGGUUUUCGUUCCAGCGCCUGCCGAGAGGGGGAAGAGCGCAUUCCUGAUAGAUUUCAUGAUGGGUGGAGUGUCAGCCGCGGUGUCCAAGACCGCCGCCGCUCCAAUCGAGCGCGUGAAGCUUCUGAUCCAGAACCAGGACGAGAUGCUCAAGCAGGGACGUCUCCAGGAGCCUUACAAGGGUAUUGGCGACUGUUUCAAGCGGACGAUUAGCCAAGAAGGGUUUGGGUCUCUGUGGAGAGGAAACAUGGCAAACGUGAUCCGAUAUUUCCCGACCCAGGCCUUGAACUUCGCCUUCAAGGACUACUUCAAGAGAGUGUUCAACUUCAAGAAGGACAAGGAUGGCUACUGGGUGUGGUUCGCCGGGAACCUGGCGUCCGGGGGUGCCGCCGGUGCAACCUCGCUGCUGUUCGUCUACUCGCUGGACUACGCGCGAACUCGGCUGGCCAACGACGCCAAGGCCGCAAAGAAGGCCGGCGUGGCUGGAGAGCGCCAGUUCAAUGGCCUGCUCGAUGUCUACAAGAAGACCAUGGCCACGGACGGCAUCGGCGGACUCUACCGUGGUUUCACCAUCUCGUGCGUGGGUAUCAUUGUCUACAGGGGCCUCUACUUUGGAAUGUACGACUCGCUCAAGCCGGUGCUUCUCACUGGAUCUCUGGAGGGCAACUUCCUUGCGAGCUUUUUUCUAGGUUGGGGGAUCACGACUGGAGCUGGACUGGCUUCAUACCCCAUUGACACAGUGCGGCGUAGGAUGAUGAUGACUUCGGGCCAGGCAGUGAAGUACAACGGAUCGAUGGAUUGCUUCAAGCAGAUUAUCAAGAACGAGGGAACCAAGUCGCUGUUCAAGGGCGCGGGGGCCAACAUCUUGCGAGCGGUGGCGGGUGCCGGAGUGUUGUCGGGCUACGACCAGAUGCAACUCAUCUUCUUUGGCAAGACUUACGGAUCCGGGGGUGGAGGCUAAGAAGGAAAAGGAGCGGAGAGCGCGCCGAUGAUGACGAUGAAGAAAGCUCAUUCCGUUCUUUUUCUCCUUUUUUAUUUUUUUGCGCCUUUUGGAAGAGACUCUCUAAAAAAACUUUGUUGUAGCUUAUAUUUUUUCAGGCUGUUUUGAAUAACUGUUGGGCACUGAAAGGUCCUGGAAUGAGUU